UGUGGUUAUUCGCUUGGAUUUGAUUAUAGAUUAUUCGAUUAUUGUGUUUUGUGUUUGUGGGUUAGCGGUUUAGCGUUGUUGUUUUUAAAAUGUGAUUUUUGAGUAUGCAGCAACGGUAGUUUCUUUAGAUUUGAGGGCUUUGAGUAAAUAAUCUGCGAUAGAAUUAUUUUAUUAUUCUUUAUAUGGGAUAUAUCCUGAAAUGAAGACUGAACAUUCAAUAAGCCGUGUAGAGGAACCAUAUAGCAAGAGGAGCAUGAGUUCCAGUUCAACAUUGAAAAGUGUCAAAGAUGAACACUGGGAUGGAGUUAACCAGGUGAAAAUGGAGAAUCAGUUAGUAGUUGGGGUUAAAUCCGAAAAACCAGAAGCAGAACCAACUGUGAACAACACAAAGUUUGAAAAUAUGGACAUUUGGACACUAAAUGAAGAGUUUGAUAUCAAAAUUGAAUGUGAAAAUGCUGUAUCUGAUAGAAUUAAAGUUGAAGAGAAAUUAGAGUUUGGACUUGGAGCUGAUUCGACAGCAGAUACAGUUAACCAGAUGAAAAUGGAGUUCCAAGAAUCUGAAAAGCUGGAAGAAAAACCAGAUUUAAGGAGCACAAAUCUUGAAAAUAUGGACGCGUUAGGGCUACAUCACAAAUUUUACAUCAAAACUGAGAGUGACCAAGAUGACAGGCAUGAUUCGGCGUCCGAUAGGUUAGUCUCCUUCAAUCCCCAACUCUACGGGAUGUCCCUAAAUGAUGAAUGAAUUUGUAAUAUACGAGGUGUGUAAUAAAAUUUCGUAGGUUUGGAGACUCCGAUUGUCAAAAACUUCUUUAAUGUAGGUAUACACGCUACUGAAGUAUGAUGAAUUUUCAGAUUUUUUGAUUGUUUACUUUGUCUGUCGCAGCUGCUUAGGUUAGACGUAUUUUUAUAUGUAUAAUUUAUUGGUGUUAAUCCCCAUAAUUCAAUUCACCAAAUUAUACCAUAUUUACAGUGUUCAGUCAGUGAUUGUACUUUUAGUUUUAACAAACCCAAGCACAAGCAAACUUUUUUGGAUACUUUGUUUAUCUGUACUUGUGAUAUAUAUUGCGGGUGCAUGGGAAAAAGGUUGUAAGUCAAAAAUGUUAGUUUCGAGUAAUGAACCUUUUUAUUAUUAUUCGGGGCUAUGGCUAUGCUUUUUCACUUAAAAAAAUUAACGAAAUAUAAUAUAAAGGGUCUAUUCAGAAUAUACUAAAUGCU